CGCCACAAACUUAGUCGAACUUUAACGGCGCUGGCAAUCGGACGCGUUUUCAAAACUUGCUCUCUCUCCGGUUUCAUUCUGGUUAUUUUUUUUGAAAUUGUUGGCUCUUGGCCUGGGAAAGUAAGAAGGUGCGAAAAACAAAGAGAAGAACUGCAAGAAUAAUAGAAAUUGCUGUCGGUGCUGAAAACAGGAAAUCCAGAGGCGAGAAAUCAGUUUUGACCAUUCGCAGACUCACCGCCGACCGACCAUGAUCUUGCGAACGCCACUCGCCGGCCACCAGCUGCUCCACCUCCUCCGCCUGCCCGCCGUCCUGCUGCUCCUCCUUUCCCUACUGCUCGUCCUACGGCCCUGCUCCUGCGAUGCCAAGACGGUCAAUCCCGGUGACCAGAUGCAGAUGCAGCACCACCAGGUGGCGGCGGAGCCGGGACUGCCGGAGCCCAGGGCCUACAUGCCGGAUGCCCAGCACCUGGACUUUGUCUACCACGACCACGAGGAGCUGACGAGGUUCCUCCGGGCCACAAGUGCCCGGUAUCCCAACCUGACGGCCCUGUACUCCAUCGGGAAGUCCAUCCAGGGCCGGGAUCUGUGGGUGAUGGUGGUCAGCUCGUCGCCGUACGAGCACAUGGUGGGCAAGCCGGAUGUGAAGUACGUGGGCAAUAUCCAUGGCAACGAGCCCGUUGGUCGGGAGAUGCUGCUCCACCUCAUCCAGUACUUCGUGACCAGCUACAGCUCGGAUCAGUACGUCAAGUGGCUGCUGGACAACACAAGGAUCCACAUCCUGCCCACGAUGAAUCCGGACGGCUAUGCGGUUUCCAAGGAGGGCACCUGCGACGGUGGUCAAGGAAGAUACAAUGCUCGUGGCUUCGAUCUGAAUCGCAACUUCCCCGACUAUUUCAAGCAGAACAACAAGCGGGGUCAGCCGGAAACGGAUUCGGUCAAGGAUUGGAUAUCCAAGAUACAGUUCGUGCUGAGUGGAAGCCUCCAUGGCGGUGCCCUAGUGGCCAGUUAUCCCUACGACAAUACGCCCAACUCCAGGCUGCUCAAAGGGAUCUGCCGUUCGUCCGCCCUGUGCGCGAUGUUCCAGACCUAUUCGGCGGCGCCGUCCCUGACGCCCGACGACGAUGUAUUCAAGCACUUGUCCCUGGUCUAUGCCCGCAACCAUGCCAAGAUGUCCAGGGGCGUGGCCUGCAAGUCGGCGACGCCGGCCUUCGAGAACGGGAUUACGAACGGAGCCGCCUGGUAUCCGCUGACCGGCGGGAUGCAGGACUACAACUAUGUGUGGUACGGCUGCAUGGAGAUCACGCUGGAGAUAUCCUGCUGCAAGUUCCCGCCUGCCUACGAGCUUAAGAAGUACUGGGAGGACAAUCAGCUGUCCCUGAUCAAAUUCCUGGCCGAGGCGCAUCGAGGAGUCCAGGGAUUUGUGUUCGAUCCGGCGGGCAUGCCCAUUGAGCGGGCCUCCAUCAAGAUCAAGGGACGCGAUGUGGGUUUCCAGACCACCAAGUAUGGUGAGUUCUGGCGCAUACUGCUACCCGGAUAUUACAAAGUGGAGGUCUUUGCCGAAGGCUUUGCUCCUCGAGAGGUCGAGUUCGUGAUUGUGGAGCAGCAUCCCACGCUGCUCAAUGUGACGCUGCAGCCCUCGAAGUACAUGGUGGCAGCUUCUGGUUCGUCCACCUCUACCAAAACAUCAACUGCGAAGCGUCGCGUCAAUGGAAAGCUGUCUACGGAAUAAUCGAAAUCCGAUUUCUUGGAGCCCAAUCCGAUCGAAUGUAAAUAAUAGCUGAAGUGCUUUAGUCCUAGCCAUUGCUAACCAACUAACCCACUAAAACACCUCUGAACACCUCACUUUGAACUCCAUUGCUUUUUAUAUUCUUAAUUUUAUAUUAUUAUAAUUUUUGUAUAUUUUUGUUAAGUUAAAAAUGUAUUGUAUUGACCAUUAUAAGAGUUCAGGUCAGCUUUUUAUGUAUAUCAUUACAGAAAGACUUUAUAAAGUUUUGAAAACUAAAAGAUGAUAUUACAGGAUCUGUAAAAUUGAGAAUAUUUUUGGUCAUACAAAAACUCGUUCUAUUAUUUUGUUGUUUUUUUUUUGAAAAGGUUUGACAGGAGUUGGCAAACGUUUAGAAUAACACCCAUUACUUGUAAGACCAUUGCUGGUAAAAGGUUAAAAUGUAAUAUAAGGGUUGCUUGGUAAUGAUAUUGUAAAGCGGAAGAGCCUAAGUAAUACUCUGUGUACCUAUAACACCUUGUUAAUUGAUUUCGCAGCGCAUUGAGGGCAUCGGGGCCAUGGGUCCCGCCGGAGUGCCAGUCGGGGGCGUGACCGUGGGCGGGGGCGGAGUGGGUCCCGGCGGACUGUACCGCCCGAUUCCGGCGCCCCAGCAU